UACCCCGAACCAACACAAACCUGCCAAUUUUCUUUAGUCUUCUUUGCAAUUGUUAUCGAUGUGGGAGUAGUAAUUUAUUUCCAUAGUUACAAAGUUUGAAAGGUUUUUUGAAGAAGAUUUAAGAUUAAAUUGUUUAAUUACUUUGAGAAAUAAAACUAUAAAUAUCUAUGUUUCAAAUAAAUAAAUCCGUCUGCUCCUUCAAAUUGUUAACAUUUUCUUUACGUAUUUGAUGUAUCCGGGUCGCGAUUUUUAUUAUUUAGUCAAGUUAAAUAUUGCAGAUUUAACAAGAUGAUGGAACUUUCUCACAGUUUGACACUCAAUGAAGAGGCUUUGCAACAAAUUCAAGAGCCGAAAAGGCCAGUUUUUAUUUUUGAGUGGCUCAGGUUCUUGGAUAAAGUUCUUAUUGCAGCUCAAAAAUCGGAUAUCAAAGGGUGCCAAAAGAAGCUGGUGGAGCAGUUGAUGAAACAGGUCAAUGAAUCUCCUGGUCCACCCUCGCGAAAAUUAAUUGGCCGCUGUCUAGCCACCCUCUUCAAUGUGGGGGAUGCUUCUUUGCUCUUUGAUACAAUCAACAAGUGUAAUGACAUUGCAAAGAACAAGGACGAUUCUCCAAGCUUCAUUCAAACAAAGCUAGCUGCCAUCACUUGCUUGGGAACAAUGUAUCAGCAAUUGGGAAGGAUGACUGGACGUUCCUAUGAAGAAACUGUGCAUAUUCUUUUGAAAUCAUUAAAGAAUGCUGAUUCUCAAACAAGAUGUGAGAUAAUGAUAAGCAUGGAAAAAGUUGUGUCAGGUCUGGGUAAUGCUGCCACUUCUGUUCAUAAAGAUAUUUUUAAAGCUCUGAAACAUUGCUUGACUGACAGAGUGAUGACUGUGCGUUGUGCUGCUGCCAAGUGCCUGCAAGAGAUGAUCAAACAUUCUCAGUUUCUGUAUACCUCUGAUUUGGAGACUGUUGCAUCUCUCUGCUUCCGAUCAUUUGAAGGUUCUAACUAUGAAGUGCGCUGUGCUGUCUCUGAACUCUUGGGAGUAGUCAUGGCAACCACACAGCAGGCCUCUCAUCCCACUGUUGGCAAGAACCGUCUUCCCACUCUGGAGGAAGUAUUGGGUCUGUUGUCUUCUGGAUUCCUGCGUGGUGGAAUCGGUUUCCUAAAAGGCAGUGCUGGAGAAAUGAUCAAAGGUAGUUCUUCCGUCAGUCGAGAAAUUAGAGUUGGUGUUACACAUGCUUACGUUGUAUUUAUACAAAAGCUUGGUGGAGUGUGGCUCGAGAAUAAUUUGAAUGUGAUGUUAACGCACUUGCUAGAACUUGUGACCAACCCGAAGGCUAUUCCGACUCACGUGGAUGCUGUUUACAGCAGGAAGUGCGUCAACUUUGUCCUGCAGUCUGUUCUCGGUAGAAUGUUGUGCGAAAAGGCUCAAGCCUCUGCUUGUAAGGAAUUAGUACGAAUGGUCUUAAAAUAUGCAAGUGAAGACUCUAGUUCAUCAGAAAGUGUGAGCAAGGAGAGUCAACAGGAGUCUGCCCUGAGCCAACAUGUGAUUGUAUGUGCUCUUCAUCAACUGGGAUCUUUAAUUAAUGUUCUGGACACGACAGCGGUGUCUCUUGUUUGUGAUCCUUCCCUCUCUGUGAUAGAUUCAGUUUUCUCCAUACUGGUGCAUUCUAGUUCAGCUGCCAGAUUGUCUGCCGCUUGGUGCCUGAGGCUUAUAUCUUCUGCUGUACCCUCUCAGUUGACCCCUCUCCUAGAGCGUUGUUGCGAAAAGCUUGACCACUUCAAAUCAUCACCAGAGGCCAUUGCUGGCUAUUCUGCUGCAAUAAGUGCUCUGCUGGGGGCUUCUCAGAGAACACCCCUCGGAAUUCCCCACAAUAGGGGGAAGGUGAUAUUUAAUAUAGCAGAAGACUUACUUAGAAGUGCCUCUCAAAAUAGUCGUCUUUCUUUGCAACGCACGCAAGCCGGCUGGCUGAUGAUUGGCUCUGUCAUGACCUUAGGUGCACCUGUUGUGAGAGGUCUCUUACCCAGAAUGAUGCUGCUGUGGAAGAAUUCUUUUCCGAGAUCCAACAAAGAGCUCGAGCAGGAGAGGCACAGGGGAGACGCUUUCACUUGGCAAGUCACACUGGAGGGUCGCGCUGGAGCAUUGGCCACAAUGGCUAGUUUUCUUCUACAUUGUAAAGAGCUUGUAACGGAUGACAUUGUGAGGAGAAUACUAUCUCCCAUUGAAUCAGCCCUCAUAAUGCUUGUUAAUGUCGGGCAUGUAUUUAAAUCUUAUGGUCAACAUUUGAAAGCAUGUGCUGCUAUGGUUCGCAUGCGUUUGUAUGAAGUUCUCUCUUUUCUGCCACCCAACUCAUACGAAGGGACCUAUAACAGUCUUCUAAGGCUCCUAGUUGCAGAAUUCACCUUGACUGAAAAUCCUGCUAACACAACUACUUCAUUACUAAGAAGUUUGUGCCAUGCUAAUGACAGCAUAAUAUUAGGAUUCUGGUUACAAGAAACUGACCAUAAGGCCAUUGAAGAUCAGAUGGAACCAAAUAGAAAAUUGGACAAAGAUAAUUUACAACCGAAUAGUGCAUCUGGUUCUGGUUCUCUUGAGCAUGAUCCCACUCUGUUGUACAAAAAUUUAAAAAAAGGAGAGAGUGUCCCAGACCCACUUCCUUUAGGAGUUGCUGUGAUCGAUACAUCCGUUGUGCUGUUUGGUGUAGUCUUUCCUGUUGUUGCCUACAAGCACAGGCUACAAAUGCUGGAUCAUUUCUCUGAAUGUAUUCGACAGGCAAAAGCUACCAGGCAAGAAGCUGUACAGAUUAACAUAUUCACUGCUCUUUUAAAUGCACUUAAAGCUCUGGUUGAAACAAAAUCCAGCCUUGGAUCAGAAGACGUCCGGAAAGCAGCAGUUCGUCUUGCUUUGGGAUCAUUGAGCCAUGCCAAUCCAAUCUUGAGGUGCGCUGCAGGAGAGGCCCUUGGACGAAUGGCACAAGUUGUUGGAGACGGCAAGUUUGUCGCAGAAAUAGCUCAGCAUAUGUUCGAUCGACUUAAAUCUGCUCGUGAUGCAGCUUCUAGGACUGGUCAUUCUCUGGCCCUUGGUUGUUUGCAUCGUUACGUUGGAGGUAUGGGAACAGGACAGCAUUUAAACACGAGUGUCAGUAUUCUCUUGGCACUGGCGCAGGAUACCAAUGCUCCAGUGGUUCAGCUGUGGGCUCUGCAUGCAUUGUCAAUGAUUGCAGACUCUGGGGGUCCAAUGUUCAGAUCUUAUGUGGAGCCCACUUUAUCCAUCAUUCUGAAACUCCUGCUGUUCAUGGCUCCCACGCACAUCGAUGUUCACCAGUGCAUUGGAAAAUGCUUAACAGCUCUGAUCACUACUGUUGGACCUGAAUUACAAGGCAAUUCACUGUCUGUGUGCACGACACGCUCAUCUUUCCUUGUUGCGUGUGCCAUAAUGCAAGAUCACGGUGACCCUUUGGUCCAAGCUGAAGCCAUAUCAUGCCUGCAGCAGCUUCAUAUGUUUGCUCCAAAGCAUCUCAAUCUUUCAACCCUGGUACCCACUCUUUGUUGUGCCUUGUAUAGUUCUCACUUACUGCUGAGGCGUGCAGCAGUGGCAUGCUUGAGGCAGCUUGCUCAACGUGAAGCCUCCGAAAUAUGCACUCAUGCCCUCUCCUGGGCUCGAGAAACCUCCCCUGCGGUCACCAACAAGAGGUUUUUCUGUGAUCACGGCCUGGAAGGAGUGAUAUUCUCAAUGUUGGACACUGAAACUGACCUUCACUUGUUGGCUGAUGCCCAUGACACCCUCACCAGUAUGCUGCAGACCCUUGCUGAAGAAAAUGUUGGACAUUGGUUGCAACUUUGCAAAGGAGUUUUAACAGCUACAGAAUUCGUCUCUAAACCUGAGAAAGAUGAGAAUAACGAUGCUGAUAAUGAUGCAGAUGAUGAAUCUAGAUUCAAGGCAACAGAUGAAACUUCCUAUAGUAUUGUUUCUCCCAGAUGGUCUACCAGAGUUUUUGCAGCUGAAUCUUUGCAGAGAAUCAUUGGUGCCUGUGAGGAGAAGGCAGCUCACUUUGACCUUGCACUCGCCAGAGAAAAUAAACUUCUGCACAAUAGAGAUUAUUUGGCCCUUCAUUUGUCUGAUUUAGUGAGAAUGGCUUUUAUGGCUGCCACCUCAGACAGUGAUCCACUUCGAAUUAAGGGACUUAAAGCAUUGGAAAUAAUUAUCAGCAAGUUUUCAAAAGUUCCAGAACCAGAAUUUCCUGGGCAUGUCAUUUUGGAGCAAUAUCAAGCUCAAGUUGGUGCUGCAUUGCGACCUGCUUUUUCUCCAGAUACUCCAUCACACAUCACUGCCUUUGCAUGCCAAGUUUGUAGUGCCUGGAUUGGUUGUGGAGUGGCUAGAGAUUUAAACGACUUGAGAAGAGUUCACCAAUUGUUAGUUUCUUGCCUGGAGAAGCUUCAUAAAGGAUCCAAAACUCUGAUCUACAAUGAAAGUGCCUCUACAAUGGAGAAAUUGGCUAUUUUAAAAGCAUGGGCUGAAGUGUAUGUGGUGGCUAUGAACAGUGAAACCAACCCUAGAGAAGGACUUCUGCGAUUGGUGUCUCCUGAAUUGUCACUCUUAAGCACCUACUGGUUAGCUUUUUUGAAAGACUAUGCACUCUUGUCUCUGCCAUCAGAAUUUCGUUCCCAACUACCUCACGAAGGGGGUGCAUUUUACAGCUCCGACACCAUCGACUCGGUACGGAAGUUCUACAAGGACACUUGGCCACCUGUUUUGAAUGCAGCUACCCUCUGGCUGUGCAGCGGAGGGUUUGAAAACAUUGAGAAGAAUGAAAUUUCCACUUUUUCACCCAAUCUUCAUGCGUACGUGAUUUCCAGCAAUAAGAGCCUAGCUGAAAUUAACUCAGAUCAUUUUCAUUUGAUUUUUGGUAUCUGUCUUGAAUCUCUUUGUUCUCAUUAUUCAUCACCUGAUUGUGUGAAAGUUUGCCUGAAUUCUUUUAUCCAACUCUUCAGCCAUCCCUUACCCUCUAAGAUACUCGGACAAGACUCACAACUCUCUAUAGAACUUGCCAAUGUCUUGCAUAGGUUACUGCUCACAAGAGAUAAUCCUGAAACCCAACUUUCCAUCAUGAAGGUUACCGAGUUACUCGUCACCUCUCACAAAGAUUUCAUUGAGGGUGAAAGGAAGAAACAAUUAAAAGAGCUUGCACCUGCAAAUCAAGAACCAAAAGAUGUGAGCAGUGAGUUGGCGUCUCUGGGUGAAGGGGGUGAGAACGGCAUCAUUGCACCUGAGAAAUCUGUUGUGUUUUCCCUUAUGGAGAACUGUCUCUGCCUCAUCAUAUGUCAACUGCCUCAAAUAAGUCCAACCUUUGCCAGCAAUACAGGGACCUCUAAAUGCAGCAAAGUCCUCACUCAGGAAUCUGCUUCAUUAGUGUGUGCUUCAUUAAAGGUUCUCGUCAAGCUUCCCAUUCUCUGCUCAUAUGCAGCCUCUGCUGGUGUGGCCACAAUUGCAACUCACCUGAUUGUGGGAGUGCUGAAGGAGAUCACGGUGGAUCAACUGCAGCAACCUUUCAUCCAGACGGUAUUUGCCUGCUUGCAAGAUCUUUGCACCAACUCAAUGGCAAAAAAUGUUGCCUGCAAAAAGGAAUGGAUUUCUCUUCUCCAAAGUGGACUGGCUCAUCUCUCACAUUUUUCUCAAACUAGUUCCAAUCCUAAUGAGGUAGAGAAGUACAUUGCUGUCUCAUCCAUCACUGUCUACAUCACAUCAGCUCCUCGUGAGGUUGUCUGCCCUCCCAACUUGCGUCAACACUGUAUCAAUAUAUUUACACACGCACUUCAACAGGAAAACUCCAUUGUUCAGAUCAAAGCAAUAUCCUGUCUUCACUCCAUCUUUCUUCAUCCUGAUAUGGUUGUUGUUGGACCUUACAUUCAUUCACUUUGUCCAAAACUCAUUGAGCUGGUCAGUCAGUUCUCUACCGAGUUGACCUCCUUAGAUUUCUUUCCUGAAAACAAAGUGAAUGCUAUAAAGGAAUUGGUGGUGACCCUCAAGGUCCUGGUAGACAUUGCAGCCAAUGAUAAGAAACUGGUAAUUGUUGGCCUGUAUGUUCCCACACUUGUCACCCUCUUGCUGGACCCCGAUUCCCCCCAACAAUCUUUCUCACCUGCGAGGCUAGCAGUUCACGAGUGUGCGCUCCAACAACUAAUGAAGAUAGGACCGCAAUACCCGCACGAAUUUCGAACGGUGGUGGGCUGCAGUGUCCGUCUGAAGAACCGCAUAGAAGCCUGUAUACGCAUUGCCCAAGCAGGAUCCUCCAACUUCAAUAGAGACAAUUCUUCCUCUCAAACACAGACUUCCUCCUCCUCUCCCACCAUUAAACUCAAAAUGGAUUUCAGUAAUUUUAGUAGAUGAAAAAAGUCAUAAAAGUUAUUUCUUUUUUUUUUUUUUUCAAGGGCAGAAAUGUGUAUUUUUCAGACUUUUUGAGAAUAUUCUGUUAAUAACUACUACUUUAACUAAUAGGCGUAGCAUAAUGUGGUGUGUGGAGUACCAAAGCAUUUGAAACUCGAUAUUUAUCUAAACUUACUUAUAACAGAAUUUGUUAGUUUUUAUCUGAAAAUUCUUUCAAUUAAAAAUUGUAACUUUUGUGUUUUAUUUAUGGACUGAAAGAAAUUAUAUAUGUUAUGCUUGAAGAAUUA